UUCGCAGAAAGAGAGAGAGGGUAUUUUGAGCCUUUCGCCUUUCCGUAGAUAAUCCGGAAGUACACUUUUCACCCUUUUUGCCGCGUGCCCGAUGUUUUAUUUGACAUUUUUUGGAGUAAUUUGAACUUAAUUCUUGGAAGCUGAAGGUGAAAUAAGAUUUACACUGCCAUCAUGUUCCUCACCCUCACCCUGCUGCGGAAAGGUAUCCCUGGGAAGCAGUGGAUUGGAAAGUAUCGCCGGCCGCGGCAGAUCACAUGGCAGAUGAAGCGCAACACCCUGAAGAACCUGGAGCGUGAAGCCGAGAACGAAUACUGGAUCAGCCGGCCGUACAUGACCCGGGAGCAGGAGCACUCCCACGCUGCAGAGCGCAGAGCCCAAAACUGGCUCAAGAUCAAGGAGACCAGUUUUGCCAACUUUCCUCAGCACAAGCACAUAACCGACCACCUGAGUCACCUGAGAAUUAGCAAGACAUGGUCAAGUUAAACAAGGAUACACAAAGACUGCUGAAAUGUAAAAAUAGAACCUGUUAAUCUGAGAAUCUGCGAUGAAAACUUCACCAAAUAUUGUUUGAUUUUCCUUCUCUAUUAAAAAUGUUACAUCUGUGAAGCAGAAA